GACGGAACUGUCACCAUGCAAGACUCUAACGAUUACUUGACCGACACCAUCGGGUUCGGUUACACCAAGCGCCGCGUCUUGAACCACAAGAUUCUCGAUGGCUCCUUAACCUUCCGAGACGGGUUCCGGGAGAUGUUGGCCUCCAUCCAUGCUCCUUUUGAUGAGUGCAUCGAGAUUUUGUUGAAGAACAUCAAGUUGGACCCGGGUUUCCGCGUGGCUUACAACUACUGCACUGCCAACAACAUUCCUGUGAUUGUGGUUUCGUCCGGCAUGAAGCCCAUCAUCCACGCGUUGUUGCUCAACUUGGUGGGUGAGGAUGCCGCCAAGAAUAUCGAGAUCAUCUCCAAUGAGGUGGAGAUCAAGGAAGACAAGACCUGGGACAUUGUCUAUAUCGACGAAAGCGACUUUGGCCACGACAAGUCCCGCGCUAUUAAGCCGUACUCUCAGAAGCGAAACGCUGCCAACCCUGUUACCCAGAAGGCGUUGUCGGAACAGGUAUUGUUCUAUUGCGGCGACGGUGUCAGUGACUUGAGUGCGGCCAGAGAAACUGACUUGUUGUUUGCCAAGCGCGGCAUGGACUUGGUGACUUAUUGCGAAGCCCAGAACGUUCCCUACAAGAAUUUUGACGACUGGAGCGACAUUUUGCAGGGGAUUAAGGAUGUGAUUGAGGGUGGCAAGAAUGUCAAGGAUUUGAUUGAAAAUAAGGGACUUUAGACAAUAGAUUUUACCCUGCG